GUGUCCCAGCUCCACCUGAAUGUGUCAUCAGCAGAAGGAAAUGGCACCCAGCAGCGGAAAGUGGUGUUCGUGGUGAGCACCAGUGACUUCUCCUUCUUGACCGUCCAUUCGGAGGAUCUGCCCCUCACCUUCAUCUAUAACUCUGGAAACAUCAUGCUCAGCGUGGACAGCAAAGAAACCAACGAAACCAAACUGCCUUUCAUUGCCAGUGGUGAGGAGCUCUUGAAGUGGGCCAAAUUAAAAUACGGGGGUGUUUCUUCCUUCACCAAUGUAGAAAGCCCUCACCGGAUCCACUUCCAAGUAGGCAAAGAGAUUGGCACAUCCGAGGACUGCCUCCCUGAGACGGAUUUCGAUGCUGGGCAGUACCUUGAGGUGGAUGUCGUCUCCUCAGAGACUGAAAGCUGUCCUCACCCCAGCGAGCAUCCCGGGAAAGAAGCGCAUAUUGUGUGGCUCCAGCAGGGCCCUCCGGACAGCAUGCAGGCUGUGGAGCUGAACAUGAAUGUGACUUGUGACAAAGGAGACCCUUUCAAGGACCUCAGUGUGUUACUGGUGCUUAAAAGCCAGCACAGUCUGCUAUGGAACAUUGGUUCGACACCCCAUUCUGUGGGAUUCUUGGUGUCUGGCAAGUACAUCUUAAAGCAAAUGAACACUGGGGAGAUCGAAGGCAAAACCCUCCCAGAAAGCAAAGAAGGCCUGGUCAGAGUGGCUCAAGACAGAGGCUUUGAUUUCAUUGCUUCCUAUACAGAGAUACCGUCUGCCAACCGCAUCACCCUGGAAGUAGUCCGAUGCACAGAACAGCUGACGGAGGUGGCCACAACCCCACAGGCCAGUAGUGUUCCACACAGCAUGACCAGAGAGAUCGAAGGCCUGCUGAGCAUUGUGAAGCCGUGGAGGUGCCUGGAGAACACCAUCGAAGUUGCCUUGGACAACCAAUACUUUCACGUUUUAAAGGACCCCAUCAGUAGUAUGACUCUCCGGGACCCUCACUGCAUGGCGCAAGAUAAUAAGACGCAUUUUGUUGUGAGAAGCUUCUUGGAAGAUUGUUUCACUCAGGUGGAGAGGGGAAUUGUUGUCAAGAAUGAGCUCAUCAUGACCCUGGCUUCUCUGCAGCAAGUCACGGUGCCAUUUGAAUGUGAUCUUCCAGAGAAACUUUCCGUCCAGCUUUAUCCAACACCAGAAUUUGGAUUGCCAUCCACAACUGUGGAAGUCAACAAAGUGGCCUAUGUCCAGGUGUCGCUCAGGACUGCCGACGAGGAGUCAUCUCUGCAACUCCAAGAAUGUUCCCUAAAAACCACUGGCAAAACAUCUGUGCCGCUGAUCCGCAAUGGCGCCUCAACCAGUUCCUCUGUGGAGAUCUUGGACACUCCCUACAACCCUCCCGGCACGAGGAUUCAUCGUUUCCGAUUCAUCUACGAGGCUGAAGACGGAGGGUGGUCCAGUUCAUCCGCCACUCUUGUCUGCCGGGUGUCUCUGAAUGGCCACGAUCCCAGCUCCUUUGAAAGCUCUUUGGAAGUGAAGUUGAAGAACCCCAACUCUCUACCACACAAUCAAGGCCUGGGGCUCGGCACUGUUGGGGGAAUCACUUUUGGGGCCUUUCUGAUCGGAGUCCUGCUCACGGCAGCAUUGUGGUACAUCUAUUCCCACACACGUCCACUGGCCAAGAUGCAGCCCGUCUCGGCGAACCCCCCGGCCUCCGAGAGCAGCAGCACCAACCACAGCAUUGGCAGUACGCAGAGCACCCCCUGCUCCACCAGCAGCAUGGCAUAGCAGCAUCAGGCCAGGGGCCGGACAGGACUGCCUGCCCCUCCUUAGGGGGUGGUGUCG